CAUCAUAUAAUAGUUUCUCCAUCAACAAAACCCUUGAAUCUACCGACUGACUACAUAUUGUUGAGGCCGGUGGGACGUUAAACCUAUGGAUCAGACGGCGGAGCAAGAUCAAGAGCACGAAGUCUACGGCGGAGACAUACCAGAAGACGGAGAAAUGGACGCUGAUAUGGAAACACCAAUGAACGAAACAGAACACGAUGAAAACACUAACAGCAAGGAGUUAGAGGAUAUGAAGAAGAGACUGAAGGAGAUUGAAGAAGAAGCAGGCGCGCUUCGAGAAAUGCAGGCGAAAGUCGAGAAGGAGAUGGGCUCGGCUCAAGACGAUCCUGCUGGUGCUUCUGCAACUCUGGCUGAAAAAGAGGAGGCGGAUGCCCGUUCAAUAUAUGUUGGUAAUGUAGACUAUGCAUGUACGCCUGAGGAGGUUCAGCAGCAUUUUCAAUCAUGUGGAACUGUAAACAGGGUGACAAUAUUAACCGACAAAUUUGGUCAACCGAAAGGUUUUGCUUAUGUGGAAUUUGUGGAACUUGAAGCUGUUCAAAAUGCAGUACUUUUGAAUGAAUCAGAGUUACAUGGUCGUCAACUCAAGGUUGCUGCCAAACGAACCAAUGUUCCUGGGAUGAAACAAUUUAGAGGGAGGCGGGCGAACCCGUAUCUUGGAUUCAAUCCACGAAGGCCUUACAUAGCUGGCCCACCAAUGUACUCUCCAUACGGCUACGGGAGGAUUCCAAGAGGUAGGAGGCCAAUGCGGUAUCGGCCAUAUUAAUCAACUAAAUCAAGUCAUUUUGAGUGUUUUCUAGUGGCUAAUUCUCAUAAGUCUUAGAUCAUGUAUCGCUAUGUAGUAUGUACCAUUGCUUCCAUUUGCCAGAUGCCCCAACUUUCCUUUUUAGCUUUAUUUUCAAAGAUUGUAUGCACUUUAACAUGCUUUUGAACUUAGAACCAUAGUCUGUCAUAGUCCAAAAAAUGAGCUUGAAAGUGUGUUUUACUUUAA